AUGAAAGAGUUGGGGGCUACCAUAGAGGAAUUAAAAAAAGACAAAAACCAACUAACUACUAAGAAUAAAGAAUUAGAACAAAAAUUAACUACUUCGCAAACUGAACUAACUAAUCGCGACCAAAUUAUUAAGGACAAAGAUAAAGAGAUAGAAAACUUAAAAAAUAAGUCGGAACAAUCUGAACAAAAAAAUAACUUAUUAUUAGAAAACACAAAGAAAUUAGAAACAAAAAUCGAAGAGCAAGACAAAACUAUUGAAGAGUUAAAAAAUGAAGUAAAAAACCAAGGAGAAGAGUUAAAUAACCUACAAUCCAAACCAAAUAUUACCGAGGAAAAAUACCAAGAACUCUUGAAUAACCAAGAAAAACAUGCCGAAGAAGACUUAAAACCCACUAAUUUACCUACUGAUUGA